CUAGGCACCUUCCUUUUUCUUUUUUCUUUUUUUCUUUUUUCUCCUUUUUCUUCUUUUCUUUCAUGGACCAUUGAUCGAUUCUUUCUCUUCUUGAGCCCAUCCCCUUUACAAUACAUAUACAAUUUAAUUAAAUAAGAAAUGGUUCAGUUUUGCCUUGGGAAAAAAAUUCAACGUCGGUUUUCCAUCCUUAGACGGUGCAUUCUUCGGGCAUGGAACCAAAUUCUCAUGUGUUCAUUAGGGAAACCCAUUCAGUAUCAUAUGUUACCGCAUCGCUUAACUGUUCCGACUCCGGUUGCCACCAUCGUACCUACAUCGGGAAGCGUGUCCUCUUCUCCGACUUCGUCUCCUCCGCCUCCUCCAAUGUGUGUUAGUCACCACGAUCAUAAGGAUUCUGAUCUGGUUGCCUUAAAGAUUAGUCUCCUGGGAGAUUGCCAGAUUGGAAAAACAAGUUUCUUGGCAAAGUAUGUCGGAAAUGAAAAAGAAGAGAAGGGAAUGUUAAAAGGCGGAAUGAAUAUGAUGGAUAAGACAUUAAUGGUUAAAGGUGCCCGUAUUUCUUAUAAUCUUUGGGAAGUUGAUGGUGAUGAAGGAUCCAGGGGCCAAAUUCCUGUAGCUUGCAAAGACUCUGUUGCAAUUUUGAUCAUGUUUGAUCUCACUAGUCGGGUCACAUUAAAUGGUGUUAUAAGAUGGUACCAAGAAGCAAGGAAAUGGAAUCAGAAUGCAAUUCCAAUUAUAAUAGGGACCAAAUUUGAUGAUUUCAUUCAACUUCCAAUAGAUCUGCAAUGGGCAAUUGCAAGCCAGGCAAGAGCAUAUGCCAAGGCUGUGAACGCGACCCUCUUCUUUUCAAGUGCAACUUAUAACAUUAAUGUAAAUAAGAUCUUCAAAUUCAUAACAGCAAAGCUUUUCGACCUGCCAUGGACCCCUGAGCGCAACCUCACUGUGGGAGAGCCUAUCAUUGAUUUCUGAAAGGGAGUAAGCCUUAUCGUCAUCUUUAGUAGAUAGCAACGAGCCCCUUGCAGUCCUGCAAAUUAAUCACAUGCCGACCGGAGCCGGAGACUGGAAUUAAAGCAUUUCUACUCCAGUGCUUUUGCGAGUUGUUGCUUUUGCAAUUCUGUGGAGAGGUUGAAGAGGCUGAGAGCCCUUAUCUUCAUGUACCAAUAACAUCUAUUGAUUCUUAAAAACUGGGAAGGAAAAAAACAUUGGAGAAAGAAAAAAAAAAAGAAGGGGAAAGAUAAAAGAAGAGAGGGAUGGGCAAUUACUCUCUUUCCAAGUAAGUCCAUUGUUUGCUAUUUGGCAUAUUAAUGCUAUGCUUGCAUAACAUAUUUGAGAAAAA